AUGAGUCGCAAUGUGAGUGCUGUUCCCUUGUUCCUGCCGCUGAUCAGUGCUGAGGGAGGAGUUCUGCAUGCAGUUCAGAAUGACAAUCCCGACUUAACAAAGGACUAUUGCAUCUAUUAUAAUUCUAACUGGACUUCUCUUCCUGAUAGUUUAUCUAACAUUGCAUAUGCAAGACUGGUGUUCUUGACCCCCAAAAUGCUGUGUAGUCCAUCUGACGUUACCCAAGAUAUCAAGAACAAAGCAGUCGUAGUGAAGAGGGGAAAUUGCACUUUUCUAGAAAAGGCAGAGAUUGCUCAACGGUUCGGUGCUAAAUUCUUGCUGGUGGCCAGCAAAUCUCCCAUGCAUGCUCCUGGAGGGAACAAGACCCAGAAUAUCACCAUUCCUGUUGCGCUCAUUAGAAACACGGAUAUAGUUGAUUUGGAAGAGACUCUUGGAAGAAAUGUUAAUGUGGCACUAUAUUCACCACCUGAACCCCUCUUUGACUAUAGUAUGGUGAUCAUUUUCCUAAUCGCAAUGUUCUGCGUGUCUCUUGGAGGCUACUGGAGUGGUAGAGCAGAACUUGAGAAGCUGAAGCGCGGCCCCACCUCUGGAAGCAGCAGCUCCUUAUCAGAUGAAGAAAGCCUUACUUUAACCCCUGUGACAGUUGUCAUAUUUGUGACCUCCUGUUGCGCUAUGCUGGUUUUGAUGUAUUACUUCUACAAAUGGCUCGUGUACGUUGUCAUUUCCAUUUUCUGCAUAGCAUCUGCUUCAAGCAUGUAUUCCUGUCUCUCUGCCCUACUUAAAAAAAUACCUUAUGGACAAUGCAGGUUUCCAUGCUGGAACCACGCCAUCGAAGUGCGGCUUGUUUUCCUCGUUCUGUUUUGCCUAGGACUGUCGGUCACCUGGGCUGUGUUUCGGAACGAGAAUAGCUGGGCUUGGAUUUUACAAAAUAUCCUGGGAAUUUCUUUCUGUCUGAACUUUAUUAGAACACUCAAAAUGCCCAACUUCAAGUCAUGUGUGAUUCUUCUAGGUCUCCUUCUUUUAUAUGAUGUAUUUUUUGUCUUCAUCACACCAUUCAUUACAAAAAGUGGGGAAAGUAUCAUGGUUGAAGUUGCAACAGGACCUUUUGAAAACAGUGAAAAGAAUGAUGGAAACUUGGUGGAUGCCUCUGCUGAGCGGUCAGCUUCUCAUGAGAAAUUGCCCGUGGUCUUCAAGGUGCCCAGGCUGGAAUCGUCACCAGCAAUGUUGUGUAUGAGACCGUUUUCAUUACUUGGAUUUGGUGAUAUUGUUGUGCCAGGUCUCCUGGUUGCAUACUGUCGCAGAUUUGAUGUUCAAACAAGCUCUUCCUCUGUAUACUUCAUUUGCUGCACCGUAGCUUAUGGUGUCGGCAUGUUGAUCACCUUCUUGUGUCUGAUAUUGAUGAAGAUGCCUCAACCAGCUCUUCUCUAUUUAGUGCCAUGCACGCUCAUAACUUGUGCCCUGGUUGCUUUGUACCGCAAGGAGAUGAAAAAAUUCUGGAAUGGGAAUAGCUAUCAGUCCCCAGGUUUUUUCUCCAAUGCUAAGAUAACAGCUGCUGAUUUUGUGAUGAAUUCUGCUUCUAAUGAAGAAAACGCCACACAAGCCACUGAACACCAUGAAGGACAAUAAUACAUCACCGAAAAUAAUGUACUAUGAUUUUCUACUCAAAUAAUAGAGACUGGUUUAAUUUUUAAACUGGAAUAUUUCAUACACUUUAUUAUGAAAAGAAUUGCCUUUUUUACACUUGCACAUAUAUUUUUGUGAAAAGUUUACUAUUGAUGCUCUCAGAAUUGUUAGAACAUGUUAUUUCUUGAGGUACCAAACCAUACUCAAUAAACCUGUGCCUUGCUUCACUUCGAAAGAUUGUUGCCUGUGAGAUAGAUGGUACUUCUAAUCGAUUAUCCAAUUUGCUCCUGCAUCUGAGGCUUCCCAACUAAAACUUUAUCUGAAGCAUGUAGGAGCAGAAUCAUGCAGACCAGAAGUGUCUUACCAGAGGUCCAGCUAGCAGAAAAUGCCAAAUGAUAACUUGGUUGGGCUGUAGGUUACUGUGCAAAUACAGGGAAGCAACAAGGGGCAACUAAGAGUUACAUGCAACCAUUUAAUCCCAUGGGUGCAGUUCCCAGAACUCCAGGAUGAUGCCGACAUUCUGUAGAAAAAUAUAUGUUAGAUUGCAUCCAAUGAUUAUCCCCCCAAAAAGGAAAAUAGAGGCACUGAAGCCUCAACAUGCUCAUUUUUAAAAAUCUUAAACCAUAAGAAAACAAACAAAAAGGCGAGAUGUUCAGCCCUUCCUUUUCCAUUUUCUACCAAUGUCACAGUCACCCCCUCUUCAUCUUCAGUGGCUGAAGGAAAAAAAAAUAUACAACCCAUGGCCUCAAAAAGGUUCCCCACUCCUACAAUAAGACACAGGGAGUUAGUAAUUCACAAAGUGAAUGAGAAAUGGACUGAUCAGCUGAGAUGAACCCAUUAACUCAUUGUUAUAAACAGGAGUUCCAGUACUUAAUCCAUCGUGGGCUAAUGAAUAUUAUUUAAAAAGUGUUUUAAGAUAAAAAUAAAAACAAGCAAAAACCAGAAACUUCUUUUUUCCCUUUUAAACUUAAAUAUGUUUAAUAAAAGUUUGAGUUUCAAAAUCAGGGAUUCAUUUUCAAUUCUUCCUGGAUUGCAGCUGAGAAGGGAAGCUGCAGUAGAAAUAGAGGGAGGGGGGACGCAGCAAGAUAGAUUGAUUCUCAUAACUUUCUUAGAAAUGAUAGAAUUAACAUAACUUUAAGCUCUCAGUAGGGAUGCAGUAGGGAUAAUUCUGAUUAUCACGGUCAUCUUUUCUUAGAGAAGUAAUUCUUAACUGCAGUAGCUCAUACAAAGGAAGUGCCACAAAAUGCAAAUGAAUAUUCAUUCUCAAGAUGGCCAAGCUUCCUUUUCUUUUGCAUUUUCUAAGCAUCUGGGAAUAAGUCAAUUCCAGUGCAUUUUUUAUUUUUAUUAAGUAGAAAAACAACAGGAAGAACAAAAACAAAGGAAAGGAAUACAUAUACAUACAUAAAAAUACUUAACACUAUAAUCCCUAAUUCAUCUUUUACUGUCAUCACUGUAACAAAUCUCAUCAUUUGAAUUUUUAUUUCAACCUACACCUUAGUGCAAAGCUUAUGUAAUGGUCAUAAUACUAAUAAAAAAAUACAUUCAACUCUAGCAUUUUGAUUUGAAAGAGAUUUCCUAUUUUUAACAUCUUCUGGAAGUGCUAAUGAACAGUAGUCUCGUACAUUUGAGCACCAACAGAGUUUUAAACCAAAGAUACUUGGAGGAAUGUGGAUAAGAGGAAAAAAGACUAUGAGCAAUGCCUCAGUUCAGAUGUAAUGUGAGAACAACAGCGUAACACAAACUUCCUCAUUUGGUGCCUUCCAGAUAUCUUAGAAGUGCAGCUCCAGAAUAUUGUUGAGAAUUCUGGGAGUUGUAUUCCCCACAUGUUUAAAAGCCAUCAAGUUGGGAAAAGCUGGAGUAACUAGAUAGCAUAGAUCUUCUCUUGUGAACCAAGUGAAGAGACUGGAAACUUUUAAAAUAACUUUUCAUUAUGUUUUCACUCAGGAGAAAUAGGCUUCAUUUAAACAACUUCAUUUAAGCUAAUGAGAAGUCUAAAAAGCAGUUUAAAAGCACCCUUAUCCUUUUUAAUAGUUCCAUAUUUAUAAGUCACCUCCACAAGAGAGAUCCAUAAAGCAAGGAUUUCCUCUAAAUUUGUAGGCUGUCUGAUAGCAAUUUAAAAUUUUGAUUUUGUGUGGGCUUCUAAUUUAGGGUGAUAUUUACACACAUAAAGAAGGCUAUCUUCAUGAGAUCUUCCCUCCCACACCCCAAGGUGUAGACAACAAAAGGUAGAAUAGAUAGAGGUACCAUAGCUACAAUUCCUUAAUCCAGAUAGCAGAUUAUAUUAUGUUAGGGACUUUCCUGGACCAUUUUACAGAAGAGUUUCCAUUCACUGUUAAGCAGAAUAAAGAAGUGGAAGAUGGCCUACAUUUUCUUGAUGUACCGUUGGGAUCUUCUACAUAUGUUUUCUUGUAAGGGACAGGGGCAUGCUGCUGGAAUAUUUCCUGUUUUUUUUUUUU